GUUGAUCAAACCUCAGGGUUUUCAUAGAGACAGAUAAAGUUUGAAAAACUUCCAGCCAGGCUCUCUUGGCGCUCAUAAAUCAAAAUUCCCACAUUUUCACAUUCUUCUUCUUCGCUCGUCCAUGGCCUCUUCAACUUCAACCGAUUCUUCUCUCCUUUCCGAACUCGAAUCCUGCAAUACAACAACCCCUAUCUUCUCUCUCUUCUCCUCCUAUCUCCGCCCCUUCUCAGACCUUAAAAAUCCGCAAGACAAAACCCUAAUUCGUUCCCUCGCCAAGAAAUUCCUUUCCUUCCUCAACAAAUCCCUCUCUAUUCUCCCCAAACGCCUCUCCAAUGCCGAUGCACUCUCCAAAGAUGAGCAGCUCGUUUCGGAUCUCAUCGACGUGUAUAGGCUUUGCUUGAAUUGCUUGGACUUGGUUUCGUCGCAGUUAGCGUGCAAGCCUUACUCCAUUCAGCUCCAGAAAAUGAGGUUAGUGCGUUGCUUGGAGGCUUUGGGGAAGUACGAGGAUGCUGAGAGCGAGGGGCUUCAGGUUUUGCAGGGGCUUAGGAGAAUGGAUUUCGAUGGAAAAUCUUGUGAUGCGGAGUUUUCUUUGGUGUUUGUGGAAGUUGUGGUAGUGAUGGUUAAGUGUGCAGCGAUGAGACAAAGGAAGGAUGGUGAAGUUUACAGGAGAGUGCUUGGGUUGGUUGAAGAGGCGAGGCACUGGUUCAGGGUAUUGGAUGCAAAUGCAUAUGAGAAGUUGCAUAGAGUACUUGUGUCUUAUAUGGGUAAAUGCACUCUUUUUUUGGUUGGAGAGCUAAUUCUCUUUACUGGAAAUUUGGUAAGUGAAUUUUGUUUGGCAACAUUGACUGAGUAUGCAAAUGCAUCAAUGAAAGAUCAAAUUUAUAAGUUCUCUCGCCGGAUAUGUGCAUCUCUGUUUUCACUAAAGGAGAGUAAGCAGUCAGUUGUCGUUGAAAUAAUACUUGGUGUCCUGGAUUCUGUUGCCUGUCAAUGCAAGGUUGAAUUAAAUAACAGUGGAAUUGAGCUGGUUGAACUUGUAUCAUAUUGUGCCAACAAAUGUCGUGCCACAUGUACAUUUUUUUGUGGUACUGUUGCAGGACAUCUAGAUCACAUAGCAGGUGACUUACCUCAGGUUAUGACACCUACUGAUUUGAUUCUGAGGCUCUAUGCCGCUGGGUUGUACUUUACCAACUAUGGUGUUAACUGCACUGGUGGUGAUUUAACAUCAUCCAGAGGUGCAAAAAAGGAGUUUGCAAUCAGGAUUUUGCUUAAUGAUGGUGAUAGACUAUACAAAUUGGCUACUUUGCUUGGUUCAUUGGGACGUCACUUUUCUGUUAGCUGCAAAGAGAAUGUGUCAUCUAGAUUUGAAUAUGAGGACUCUUUCAGUCAAAUAUGUUUGCAGACAAAUUCUAAUCAUGAGGCCUCUAUAACUCUGAUGCAGAAAAUUGGAGAGGACUAUAUGCUGUCUUACUUAAAUGCAUUGAAAUUCUUGUGCCAUCCACUUGCUGAACUAAUUAAUUCAGAGAAAAAAGAGAUAGUUUCUGAAAUUGAAACUAUUCCGGGUCAUGAACAGCUCUCAAUUAUUCAGGAUGCAUUUUAUCAGCUUUCUGGUGCUUUUCUUUUUUGGCAGAGCUAUGCAUCUGAAAGAGAUAAACAUGGAUUUGAUGAUAACAAGAUUGUAAUUACUGUAGCUGUGGCUGCUUUUAUUCUCUCAAUCAGAACAAAUUGUAAAAUGAAGAAGAGUUCUCGCCUAAUUAAGAACAUCAUUGCUAGUGAAUGGAUUGAACCUCAAGGACUAAAAUAUAUUUAUGCCUCUCUUUACAAUAUUGGUGUAUCUCUGUACAGAAAUAAGCAAUUGAAAGAGGCUUCAGAGGCUCUCAAAUUAUGUUGUAGAGCUUCAUGGACUUGUGCAGUACUUCAAUGCAAAAUGUUUAUACAGAAAUCAGAGGGGUCCCUUCAUGAUCUGUCGGAAGGUGCUAUUGUUGAUUUUGUUAAUGAGGCAUGCACAAGAAGUGCUUUUCUUUUGGAGGUUCUCCAUCAAUCUAAUAGUCAUAAGAUGAAAAAAGUCAUUGUUCAGAGUCUUGAAAAUUGGUCUGUUGUUUACACUUUGUUUAGAAGGCUGCCAGGUCCUAUGCUUUUGGUGAAAAAUUGGGUUAAGAUAGUAUGUAAACUUCGUGAGAAUGUAGAUGUAGAGGAUGCUGCUCCAUCUUUAUACAGUUUGCUGUCAUCUUCUGAAACACUGUCAGAAAAGACACUUGGCAUUAUUUUAGAGCAGGAGCUUCAUGCAUAUGAAGAAUUGAAUCCCUUAGGCCCAGAGUUGUGUCAGAGAAGGCAAAUGAAAAUUAUUAGUAUCCUUCUGCAAAACGUGUACGAUACAGAAGAUAGUGGGUUACAGAAGUCAAGAAUUUUACUCAAAAAAGCAAGGACAUUAAGGGCCGUGGGAAGGGAAGGUUUGAAGGACUGUAUUCAGUGCUUGUCAGAAGCAAUAUUCUUUAUGAAUGGCAUUUCUGAAGACAUAUGUAGACGUGGAACUUUGCUGUGUCAUCUGUUAGCUGUGGCAUAUUGCUUACGUGCUUUAUGUACCCAGGAAGCUGAACCAAACUCUAAGCAAGUCAUCAAAGAUAUUGAUUCUGCCCUAAAUCAAUGGUUGAGCAUAUCCAUUUGCUCUACAAUUGAUGAGUGCAAUAUAGUCACAGAGAAUACAAUGCUACUAUUGUAUAAUGUAGUUGAUCUGUUAUCAAUGAAGGGUUGUACAGAAUUUCACCAUCGUUUAUAUAAACUGAUGAUUAGAUUUUUAAAAUGGAAGAAUGUUCCAUUGGAAAAGUGCGUGUACAUUUUGUGGGAAAGUAGAAGGCUUAGUCAUGCUCUUUGCAUUUCCCCCGUGAACGAGGCGUUUCUCAUAAAUUUAGCUGAGCAAUGUGGUGAAAUUUCUAAAUCUAUUGAUUUUUGGAUACGCUGUUUAAAGGAAUCUCAACCAUUGUUAGUUGGAUUCCAACAGAGUCUCACACUUUUAUUUGCUGAUAUUCGUGAAAGUCUUGAUCAACCAUACAUUACAAUUGCUGACGUGAAAGAUGCUGUUUCUGAUCUCACUUCAAGGCUUCCUCUACCUCCUCGUUCUUUGUUCCUUGUUGGAUAUCUCUACUAUGACUUAAGUGAAAGACUUGCUGCAAAGGGACAACUUUUUGAGGCUCUUUCACAUGCCAAAGAGGCUCACCGGCUUCGUACUGAACUCUUUCAAGAGAUAUUUUCGUAUUCUAGUGACAGGCAUGUUCAAAAGUAUGAGGCAGGGGACCUCAUGCAGAAGCUAACUUAUGCUUUUAAAGAUUUCCAUGUAACCAGAUCUAUUACUAGUCAAGUUUGGUCAUUUGAUGUUACUUUGUGGAAUGUGGAUGAUUGUUAUCUUAGUCCAUGGAAUGUCCUACAAUGUUAUCUUGAAAGUACUCUCCAGGUUGGAAUUAUUCUUGAAUUAGUUGGAAAUGGCAUUGAGGCUGAAAGCUUCUUUCUGUGGGGAAAAAGCAUCUCCUGCUUACAAAGUUUGCCACUAUUUAUAGUUGCCUUUUCAUCUGUCCUAGGGAAACUAUACCGUAAGAAACAGCUCUGGGAUCUGGCAGAAAAAGAGCUAAAAAGUGCUAAACACAUAUUGGAAGAGAGUAGCAAGAAUUUCUCUUGCUCAAAGUGCAGAUUGAUGCUGGAAGUCACUGUUGAUCAACAACUUGGUGAUUUAUCCCGCAGCCUCUGUGAUGGUGCUGCUGGAAAUUCUUUGAUGGAAAGAUUAUCUAAUGCUGAAAAUAUUUACAAAUCUGCGUUAGAAAAACUAAAUCUUUCUGAGUGGAAAAAUUCUAUCAGUUGUCCUGAUGGAGAAAGUGUUGAGAGCAUUUUUCUGAAGAGACCUUUUGGUCAAAAUGAUGAACAUGUGGCUACCAAUAAAUAUUCUGAUUCUUCCGUAUAUUAUCCAGAUACAAAGGAAAUUCUUACAAGGGAUGGGUCAGUUGCCAAGAUGGAGGGGAAAACAUCUAGAAAGCUGAAGAAUGCGCCAAAAGCUUUCCUAAAAGAUCAACCUUUGAUACCUGAGUCCAAUUCAAGAAUUACACGUUCCAAAUACCGAUCUUCUCAAAACCAAUGUGUAAACGGUUCCAGUGAGGUGCAAGCAGGCCUUUCAAAACAUACCAUAGACAAUACUUCAUCUGAUUUUAUUAAUCCUCUUAGUCAAAGGGAGUCUGUCUUGGAGAGAAAAAGUUGUAUUGUUAAUACUGGGUGUGAAGCUACCUGCAUCUGCAACAAAAUGAAGUGUUGGAGAUGCCUUUCUGUCGAAGUUAUUGAAUCUGGGUUACUUGAUAAUUUUGUACAUAUGAAGUGGGAGUUUAUUCGCAGGCGUCUUUCACUGAGUGUACUUACUGGUAUAGGAAAAUGCUUAGGAAAUCGUGAUCAAAUUCAUGAGGCGCAUGAAAUUAUUUUACAAAGCCUAUCUGUUCUAUUCAGCAGAAACUCAUUCUGUCAUGCACAUUCUUCUCUUUCUCCAAAAUUUCUUCUUGAUUUAAUUGGUAAGGAGUUCUCAGGAGAUGUUUUUGCUGUUGAGCGUGCGGCUAUACUUUACAACAUUUGUUGGUUGUCUUUGAAGGAUUACCAUUCUAAGAAAACAAGGCAUAGUUGCUGUGAUUUGUCUAACAUUCAGUUGCAGAAAAUAGUUCCUUGGUUGAUGAUAGCCUUUGUGCUUUGCCGUGAGGUUCCCAUUCUUUUUCAGAAGGUUUCUAGAUUGCUUGCUGUUGUGUUUAUACUUUCUUCUUCAAGCAAGCUUUUUUCUCUUUCAUCUUCUUGCAAAGUACUCUCUGAAGGUCACUGGGCUUCUUUUUUCCAUCAAGCUUCACUUGGUACUCAUCUUAAUUGCCAGUUCCUAUCAAACAUGACCUGGAGAUAUAAGGGCCAACACCUUCUGGAUGCUGAGAGCACACAUGUAACCAGCUCAUUAAACUUGUGGACAGAAUCAAGCAAUUCACUCAGUUUUGCUCCUGAAUCUAUUAAAAAUCUUGAACAAUUUGUGAAAGACUUUUUUGUGGGUCUUCCUUGCGCCACAGUCAUCUGUGUUACUUUGCUUGGGGGUGCUUAUGCUAGUUUAUUACAAGAACUCCUACUUUAUCCUUCGUGGGUUCAUGCGUGGAUGCUAUUCUCACGCUUGAAUUCUAAGAGCCAACCUAUUGUUGUACUUCUUCCAGUAAAUACUAUAUUAGAAGAGGCUUCAGAUGAUGGUGUCAAUGCAAAUUUUGGCUUUGAGGAAUUAUAUGAAAGCAAGGAUUGUGGUAAACAUUGGCACUGCCCCUGGGGUUCCACUGUAGUUGAUGAUGUAGCUCCAGCCUUUCAAUCGAUAUUGAAAGAGAGCUACUUAAUGUCUUUUCCACAGGAUACAGAAAGGAAUAGGUCUUUAUGGUGGAUGCAGAGAAAAAAGCUUGAUCAACGACUUGGUGAAUUGCUGAGGAAAGUAGAAGAUUCAUGGUUGGGUCACUGGAAAUACAUGUUUCUUGGAGAAUGGUCAAACUGCAAGAAUAUGGACAGAAUACUUAAGAAACUGGCACGUGAUCUAAAAUCUAAAUGCAAAGUUGACGUGAAUGAAAGUCUUCUGAGAGUUGUUCUUGGAGGUUUGAAGAGUGGUUAUAAGAGAGAGGAAAAUAUGGCACAGCUGUUUUCCAAGAAAGGUUGCUGCAUUGGCACAUUUGGAUAUUCUGAUAACAACAAUCAGAGGGCAUCAUCUAAGGAGUCCAAUGGAGUUGAAAAGCUAUCGGAGUUGGCCUUCCAACUAAUAGAUGAAGCAUUAAAGGAGCUAGAAGCAGAGGAAUCUGUAAAUAGAGAACCUGCAAUUCUAGUGCUAGAUUGUGAAGUACAGAUGCUUCCAUGGGAGAAUAUACCAAUACUAAGAAACCAAGAGGUUUAUCGCAUGCCUUCUGUUGGUAGCAUAUUUGCAGCACUUGAGAGAAUCCACCACCAAGAGCAAGUCAGAAAGCUUGUUGCCACCUUUCCUUCAAUAGAUCCGUUGGAUGCUUAUUAUUUGUUAAAUCCCAGCGGGGAUCUCAGCUACACACAAGUUCAGUUUGAGGAUUGGUUUAGGGAUCAAAACUUGAAGGGAAAGGCUGGAUCUCCUCCUACAGCUGAAGAAUUGGCUGUAGCCUUGAAAAAUUAUGAUCUCUAUAUUUAUUUUGGCCAUGGAAGUGGGUCACAGUACAUUAAAUGGCAUCAUGUACAGAAGCUAGAAAAAUGUGCUGCUACUCUCCUGAUGGGAUGCAGUAGUGGUUCUCUGUCAUUAAAUGGGUGCUAUGCUCCAUCUGGUACGCCUCUAUCCUAUCUGCAAGCGGGUUCUCCAGUAAUUUUUGCCAACCUAUGGGAUGUGACAGACAAGGAUAUUGACCGAUUCGCAAAGGCCAUGCUUGAUGGUUGGUUGAGAGAAAGAUUGAAUGUUUCUGUGGAUUCUGAACAAACCAUUUUAGUAGGGGAAGAGCAUGAUGCCAAGAACAGAAGGGGUAAAGGUAUUAAGAAGAAAACCUCAAGGAAUAAAUCACCCGACUCUUUGGAUAAUGGAACAUUUAAGAAUAGUUGUGAUAGUAGACCAAAACUUGGAUCAUUCAUGGGCAGUGCCCGUGAUGCAUGCCAACUCCCCUUCUUGAUUGGGGCUUCACCAGUAUGCUAUGGUGUCCCUACCGGUAUAAGAAGAAAGACGAGUUUGUAACAGUUGAGAAGUCGCUUACCUUCCUCUGCCAAGCACGAUCUCUCGGUGACUGGUGAUCUAAUUCAGAACCCCUUUUAUAAAUGGUGUGUAUUACAAAAUUUUUUGCCCCUUUUCCAGAUUGUUUUAGGUUGAAUAAAUACAUUAGCAAAUUUUGGCGCUGUUACAUUGUUUGCUUGGUGUAGUGAUGUUCCAUUAAUUGUAAUAUAGAUUAAGAAUGUUUAUUCAAUUAGGUUAAGUAGUAAAAGUGCAGAAGAGAAUCGUCUUCCUUGUCUCCCUUGUCUCAAUGCCUACAGCUACAAAUACAAUGAAAUGAUUCAGGGGAGGGGACUUAUUGAUAUUAAAAAAUGAGAUUUAUUGUCAUAAACUA